UUCCACACCAAUCAACACUGCGUGAGGGAGGAGAAAGAGAUCUAUUCAACUCCAAAACUCAAAAUUCUCAGAUCCAAAUCCUAACGAAAAUGUCGAACUUUGCCGGAGAUGAAACUGCUCCCUUCUUCGGCUUCCUUGGCGCCGCCGCUGCCCUCGUCUUCUCAUGUAUGGGGGCAGCUUAUGGAACAGCAAAGAGUGGUGUUGGAGUGGCGUCAAUGGGAGUGAUGAGGCCAGAGUUGGUGAUGAAGUCCAUUGUGCCAGUGGUUAUGGCUGGUGUGUUAGGUAUUUAUGGCUUGAUUAUUGCUGUGAUCAUCAGUACUGGGAUUAACCCCAAAACAAAGUCGUAUUACCUAUUUGAUGGCUAUGCUCAUCUCUCAUCUGGUCUUGCUUGUGGUCUUGCUGGUCUUUCUGCUGGAAUGGCUAUUGGUAUUGUUGGAGAUGCUGGUGUUAGGGCUAAUGCACAACAACCCAAGCUUUUUGUCGGAAUGAUCCUCAUUCUCAUUUUCGCUGAAGCCUUGGCUCUUUAUGGGCUUAUUGUUGGCAUUAUCUUGUCUUCCCGAGCUGGGCAGUCUAGAGCCGAGUGAAGUUAACUCCAUUCUUACCGCACUGUGUGUGGUUUCUGAAGACCAAGACAGCUAAAGCCUAAAGUCAGAGAUCUAAUAUGUGUAUUGUUAUUCAUGACACCACAGCUGCCACUUUUGGUGUUAUGAUCUGUUUGUAGAAGUAGGAAUUCUUUUUUUUCUACUUAAUAAUAGCUUAAAGAGCUGUGCAAUUUGGUCUGUAUUUUUUGUGUAUUUUGCACUCAUUAUUUGUGAACAGUUUGAGAACUAUUUAUUUUCUAAGAUUUGUGCACGUAUGAACCACUUUUCAUCUAUAUACCACCAUGUUUAUUCUGCAUCUAUGGGAUUGAGUUUGAAUAUUCGUUGAUCAA